AUGAAAGACAGGCUUAAUAGAGUGAGAAGGAAAAAUAACUCCAUCUUUAUUCUCUGUAGGGGCGCUUUGCGGUCGCUGAACUUUUUAUUGUCGUGCGCUGAGAUUGCUGAUUCCUGUCACUUUUAA